AUUGUUUAGUUUUUGGUUUUCAAUUUGUGUGUUGGAAUGUGGAUGUGUUCAAACAUAUAUAAUUAAUUUCUUCGUAAUCAAACAACUUUGAUUUCAAUUUAAAAUGUUUUAAUUGUUACAAAAAUAAAUAAAGAUGCCGCCAACUGUUCAAACUAACGAACCCGAGCGCGAAAAACGUCCCCAGAGGACAGGUGAAAGAAGAUCUGAAUUAGUUACACGGGUAAAAUAUUGCAAUACUCUGCCCGAUAUACCCUUCGAUUUGAAAUUUAUUACGUAUCCAUUUCCUUCUACUCGAUUCAUUCAGUAUAAUCCGACAUCUUUAGAGAAAAACUAUCGCUAUGAAGUGUUAACUGAACACGAUUUAGGAGUGCACAUAGAUUUAAUAAAUCGAGACAUAUAUCAAGGAGAUGGCAAUGCUACUUUGGAUGUUGCUGAUGAAAAGCUUCUAGAAGACGAUGUUCUCACACCUCAGGAUUCAAAGAGAUCUCGUCAUCAUGCUAAAAACGUGUCCUGGUUGCGUCGCUCCGAGUACAUUUCAACUGAACAGACAAGAUUUCAACCACAAUCUAUGGAAAAGGUUGAAGCCAAAGUUGGUUAUAAUGUUAAAAAAAUAUUCAGCGAAGAGACAUUGUACAUGGACAGAGAUAGUCAGAUUAAGGCCAUUGAGAAAACAUUUGAAGAUAACAAGAAGCCUAUAGAGAAGCAUUACAGUAAACCUGGUGUGACCCCUGUGGAGGUUAUGUCAAUGUUUCCUGACUUUGAUAUGUGGAAGUACCCAUGUGCUCAAGUCAUCUUUGAUACAGACCCUGCACCCUCUGACAAGAAUAUUGCUGGACAGAUUGAAGCUAUGUCCCAAGCUAUGAUUCGUGGUGUGAUGGACGAAAGUGGUGAACAGUUUGUAGCGUACUGUCUUCCGACUGAAGACACUAUACAGAAACGUCGCCGAGAUGUCACAGAAGGCAUACCGUAUAUGGACGGUGAUACAUAUGAAUAUAAAAUGGCAAGAGAAUACAACUGGAAUGUCAAAAGUAAAGCUUCUAAAGGUUAUGAAGAAAAUUAUUUCUUGGUUGUCCGCAAUCAUUGUGUGUAUUACAAUGAGCUAGAGACUCGAGUACGGUUGUCUAAGCGUCGCGCGAGAGCGGGCGUGGCUGCACAGGCUCUGACACGUCUUGUGGUCACACACAGACCGUUGAGUGCGGCUGAACAUCGGAUGCUGAGACUGAGAGAGAAACAGUUGGAACCAGCGCAGGAAGAAGAUGAAGAAGAGGAGGAUGACGAAGAUGAGGAAGAUGACAAACAGGAUCAAAAUGAAGAAAAAGAAAGGUCUCGUUCCCGUUCUAAAUCUGGUUCGAAAUCGCCUCAAGGUUCGGAACAUUCUAAGGAAUCUAACAGAUCGAGGUCCGGUUCCCGUGAAAAGUCAAGAUCAAGAUCCAAGUCGAAGUCUAAAUCUAGAAGCCGCUCGCGGUCUGCUUCUGGAUCUAGGAAGUCUAGAUCUAGAUCAGGGUCUGCACAGUCUGGUUCUGCUAGGUCGGGAUCAGCUAGGUCUGGAUCCAGGGCAUCAUCUCGGGCAUCUUCACGCGCCAGCUCUAAAAGCGGCAAAGCUUCUAGAGCCAGUUCAGCGAGUGGACGCGGUUCUAGAGCAAGUUCAAAAGUUAGCGGCAAGGGUUCCAGAGCCAGUUCAAAGGCGAGUUCCCGCGCCUCCUCUCGCGCCAGCCGCAGAUCUUCUCGAGCAUCAUCACGAGCGUCUUCUAAAGGCUCAGGAUCUAAAGCAUCUUCUAAAGCCAGCUCGAGAAGGAACUCUGGAUCUGGUAGCGGGUCAGAAAGAUCUAGAAGUCGAUCGGCAAGUGGAUCCAGACAGGGUUCUCGUAGCGGUUCAGCAUCGAGUGCGUCUUCGAAGCGCAGCGGCUCGGACUAGAUGACGUCACUUAUCAUUUAUUCAAGCUUCGUAAAUUGAAUAAUAUAAAAUUAACUUCAUGAAUUAUGUAAAAUUGAAUAUGAAUAUAAUGAUUGACAUUUU